CCAACUUCCACGAUCCAAUCUUUAACUUCCCCACUCUCUCAUUCCUCCACGACCAAUUAACCACCCCUCCCCACUAAUCUCCUUUAUAAAUCAACCAUCUCAAAAGCUCAUCAACUCCUUCUCACUCAAAACCCAGGAAGAAAGAAACCUCAACAGCAAUGGCGGCGUCGGUUCCCUCACUCUCCUUCCCCUUCCUCCUCCUAACUCUCUUCCUAGGAAUCAGCAUUGCCAAUGCCACCGUCUUCACUCUCCUCAACCAAUGCGGAUACACAAUCUGGCCAGGAACCCUCUCCGGCAACGGCGCCGCCGCCCUCGGCGACGGCGGCUUCUCCCUCUCCCCGGGUGCCUUCGUCCAGUUUCAAGCCCCGCCGGGCUGGUCGGGCCGGUUCUGGACCCGAACCGGCUGCAAUUUCGACGAAUCCGGCAACGGCAGGUGCCUCACCGGAGACUGCGGCGGCACCCUGAAGUGCGCCGGGGGCGGGACGCCGCCGGUCUCCCUCGCGGAGUUCACCGUCGCGGCGGCCCCCGGCGAGAAGGACUUCUACGACGUGAGCCUCGUCGACGGGUACAACGUCGGGGUCGGGGUCAAACCGGUCGGAUCCGGGUCGGGCGACUGCCAGUACGCGGGUUGCGUGACGGAUCUCAACGCCAAGUGCCCGCCGGAGCUCCGGGUUACGGACCCGGGUACGGGCAAUGUGGUCGCGUGCAAGAGCGCGUGCGCGGCGUUCGACGCGCCGGAGUUCUGCUGCACGGGGGACCACGCGACGCCGCAGACGUGCUCGCCGUCACAGUACUCGGCGUUGUUUAAAGAUGCCUGCCCGACGGCGUAUAGCUACGCCUACGAUGAUGCCUCCAGCACGUGUACUUGUUCCGGGUCGGACUACUUGAUCACGUUCUGCCCGACCGGGUCAUGAUCCGGUUGGUUUGUUGGUUUGGUUUGGUGGCGGGUCGCCGUAUUCCGUCGUUAUAGCUUGUAAUCGCAAACUAUUAUCUAUUAACUUUUUUUUGGAUUGUUGGUACAUUUGGAUUGGCAAGUUGCCUCAUUAAUUAUUUUUAUGAUUAUUUCUAUUAUUAUAAAUGGUUUUCAUUUUC